CGUCGUGUGGUCGUUUAACCAACUCCGUCUGCGGUGUAUUAUCGAAUAUUCGAAAUAUCAUAGUAUGUAAUAUAGUUCAAAUCGUUUAAUCGUUUCAGAUAUAGAAAUAUCAAAUAACUGCGUGCUACGAUCAUUCAGUAUUUUCAUUUUUCCGUUUCUAUUGCCUUUUACCUACGUGUUGCGCAGCGGUACCGAGUUUUGUGCAACAAUUCAGAUACAUAUGCAGUUCUAUGACUAGCUGUAUAUUGAAAUUAUAUUAUGUCUAAUCAAAGACACACAAAUCAGAACGACCAAGGUCAAAACUGCCAUCCUAGAAAAUCAAGAAAAAAUCGAUCAGUAAAUUCAGAAAACAUCCAAUUUGAUUUUAAAUCACUCACACUUCAAACUGGACAGUCACGUUCAAUUAGUUCUAAUACAGAGAAAGAACCAAAAAAAAAAAAAAAGAAUUCAGGUAAUAAACAAUCACAGGAGACAUUAAAAUUUAAUUCAGGAAAUCGACAUGAGCGCGGGAUAUUAUUGAAACAAACUUCAAAAAAUGUGAGUGAAGGGUGGGGGGGGAAUAAAAAUGAACAAAAACCAGACUUGGAUAAUGGCACUAAUGAAAAAAAAAUCAAAAAGUAUUGUUUUGGAUUUAAGCAACUCAAAGAGUUAUGUGAUAAGGAUCCUUCUGACAUUAUAUUUGUGAUUUGUAAUAAAAAUAAUGGAUUUAUUGAUCUGUUUAAACAAAAUAUAGAUCCUGAUUGGAUUUAUUUGCUUAUGAAAGUUUCAGCUAAGGUUUGUUCUUCAGAAUUACUACAAAAUAAAAUUUUUUUAUUAACAGAAUUAACAUGUAGUCAAUUUUUUAAUCAUAUACAAACCUAUAUACUCAGUACACCUUCUGAAAAAAACAAAAAUCUAUGCAACAAUAUGAACGCAUUUUAUGAAGAUUGUUUAGUAGUUUUUCAAAAUAUAACUACAUUAUUUCCAAAAACAGCUGAAGAAAAAUUGAAGGAGAUAGUAGUAAGCAGUAAUAUUGCUUUAUCUGGUAUUCAAAAUUAUUGUAAUCAUAUUAAAAUAAAUGAAUCUACAAUUUUUGAAAUGAACGAACUCCUAAAAAAACUGAAUGAAACCAAAGUUACAGAAGAAUUACAAUUAAAAGAAAGAUUUAUGAUUGAAAACAUAGCUCAAAUUAUGCCUCCUCCUGAAAAUUUUAGGGAACUUACGGUAUAUCCAACAGCAAUUGAUCUUGAAUCUGGAGAACCAUUUUUACGACCUAAUAUCACAAAAGGAGCUUAUCAGAAUGUAGAACACUAUUUGGACGUUCAAUUUCGACUUCUACGUGAAGAUUUUAUUGCUCCUUUACGAGAAGGUAUACAAUUUUACAAAGAAUCAAUAAUUGAUCGUCAACCUCAACGUCAAAAAAAAAUUAAUAAUAUUCGUAUUUAUCGUGAUGUUGGAUUUCUAAAAGAAGGCGAAUUUGUUCGUGAUAAAUAUGGCUACCAGGUAAACUUUGACAAAAAAAAAAAAUUGAAAAUCAACUGGGACAUUGCUAAACGUUUUAUGUAUGGUUCUUUAUUGCUAUUUUCUACCAAUAAUUUUAAGACAUUUUUUUUGGGUAUUGUUUUGGAGCGAAAAGUUUCACUUUUAAAAAAAGGAGUCUUGAUUGUGGAAUUAUUAGAAAAUGCUAAGCCUUUAUAUGAUAGAUCUCUCACCAUGAUCGAGAGCGAGGUUUUUUUUGAACCUUACAAGUGUUCCAUGGAAGUACUUAAAAAUAUUAAUAGUUGUAAUUUUCCGAUGGAAAAAUAUAUAAUAUCUGCUUGUAAUGAAAUAGAUUAUCCAUAUUAUAUUGACACAUUACCUAGACCAAUGUAUUCCAUUAACAAUUUACAAAAAUUCAAUAUACUGAAUGAAUAUGAAUGGCCUACCAAAGAACAGUUGAAACUUGAUGGAAUGCAAUAUAGAGCAUUUAGAGCAGCGCUAACUCAAGAAUUUACAGUUAUUCAAGGACCCCCUGGUACUGGUAAAACUUUCAUAGGAUUAAAAAUUAUGGAAACCAUUAUAAAUAAUUUAUAUAACAAUUGUUGUCUCUUUAAACCAAUCUUAGUCGUGUGUUAUACUAACCACGCCUUGGAUCAGUUCAUGGAGGGUAUUUUAAGUUUUACUAAAAAAGUUAUAAGAAUUGGUGGGCAAUCCAAAUCUGAAAUAAUAGAACAAUAUAGUUUAAGAAAUAUAGCCCGCCUGUACAGAAGAUCCAUUACUACUAAUAGAGGUCUAAGAAAUGUCCAAGAUGAAGUCAGAACAACUAUGGAUAACAUAAAAUAUUUAAAGAAAUGUAGUGAAGCAGUGUCAUAUAAUGCUGGAAUACUAGAGUUAUCGCUACUGAAAAACGGUAUGCCUAAAAAAUAUCAUGGUUUUUUUAAAACUUCCUUAGAUCUUCUUUCUUGGUUAUUUCAAGAUACUGAUUAUUUUAGUGUAGACCCAAUUAGGUUUUUAACUGAAAUUAGCCACGACUUGAUUGAUAAGGUUUAUAAUUCUGAAAAAUUAUUAGAAAUUAAAAAAGUUGUGAAUGAAGAAGAUGAUGGUGUCGAUGAUGGUGUCAAUGAUGAGGAAGAUAAACAAUAUGAACCAGAUUUUCAGGAUAUAGAUUAUAUUCCUAAAAAUGUUGUUAUUUAUAGUUUACUUUUAGAUAAUGUAAAACAUUCUUGUAAGGAAUUACUUGAAAAGAAUAUACAAUUAGUGAAUCAAUCAAAUUUGGAUGCAAAUUUCUAUAAUGCAUCUGAAGAAGCCAAAUUUAACUUCAUUGUAAUGGAAAAGAUACACGAUUAUUUUGAAAAUAUGUUGAAUUUGGUUGAUACUGAUAUUGAAUUACCGAAAUCAAUUCAAAAUAUAUAUGGAUUAAAUAUGAGUCAAAGAUGGUCUUUAUAUUUUUGUUGGGUAAGGAAAACAAAAGAGAUGUUUGAGCCAAAAAUAAUGAGUUAUGAAGAAAAGUAUACUCAAGUUUAUAAGCAAUAUUCUGAACUUAGGGAGUUGGAAAAUAUAGAACUUUUAAACAAGAUGCAUGUUAUAGCAUUAACUACUACUGGUGCUGCUAAGCAUAGAAUAAUGCUGGAAGGUCUAGAGUCACCAAUUGUUGUUGUUGAAGAAGCUGCUGAAGUUCUGGAGGCCCACAUUGUUUCAUCACUAACAAGACAUUGCCAACACUUAAUAUUGAUAGGUGACCAUAAACAACUUCGUCCUAGUAAUGCAGUUUACAAAUUGGCAAAAGAUUUUAACUUUGAUAUUUCAUUGUUUGAACGUAUGGUCAACAAUGAAGUACCUUGUUACACAUUAGGUGAACAACAUAGAAUGCGCCCUGAAAUAGCAUCUCUUAUAACUCCAUCAAUCUACAAUGAAUUGAAAAAUCAUAUUUCUGUUUACAAUAGAGAACAUAUCCGUGGAGUUAAAAAAGAUAUGUUUUUCCUAAACCAUAAUGUGUAUGAAAAUGAAGUUGAGGAAAUCUCAAGCAAAAGUAAUGAUCAUGAAGCUAAAUUUUUGAUUAUGUUUGCAAGGCAUUUAAUUUUACAAGGAUAUUCAACUAAUCAAGUGACCAUAUUAACAACUUACAGUGGUCAAUUAUUUCUAAUUCGUUCAUUAAGGAAAAAACACCCCAUGUUAGAUGGCAUGAAAAUAACAGUUGUCGAUAAUUAUCAGGGAGAAGAAAGUGAUAUCAUAUUGCUGUCACUAGUUAGAAGUAAUGAAAAGGGAAAUGUAGGAUUUUUGAAAACGGAAAAUAGAAUAUGUGUUGCAUUGUCAAGAGCAAAAUAUGGACUUUAUAUAAUUGGUAACAUGGAAAAUUUGUACAAUUCUGGUAAUUUGUGGAAACAAAUAAAAGAAACAUUAGUAAAUCAAURUUCAUAUGGUGAUGAAUUGACUUUAGAAUGUGCCGUACAUUCUGGUAUUAUAACUAAGGUUUCAAAGAGUGAAGAUUUCAAUAUAAUUAUGGAAGGUGGUUGUACAAUGUUGUGUAAAUCAUUGUUAAUAUGUGGUCAUUAUUGUUCAAGUGUAUGCCAUUCUCAUGACCGUGAACAUUUGGUAUUGAAAUGCAAGGAGCCUUGUAACAAAUCCUGCGAUUUUAAUCACCCAUGCAUAAAAAAAUGUUAUAUGGAGUGUGGAAAUUGCAACGUACUUAUGACAAAAGAGUUACCAUGUGGUCAUCAAUCGCUAUUACCAUGUUAUGUUGAUAUUAAUACUUUUCUGUGUGAAGAAAUGGUGGAAUCAAUUAUAAAUGAAUGUGGUCAUAAGGUAAUUAGAAAAUGUCAUGACAAAAACCCAAAUUGUUCAGUUAAAUGUUAUAUUCGAUUAGAUUGUGGUCAUGCUUGUGAGCGUAAUUGUCACAUAAAUGAUGAUCCAGAUCAYGAGAAGUAUAAUUGCCUUAAACCUUGUGAAAAUAUUAAUAAAAAAUGCUCUCUGAAUCACAAAUGUCUAAAGAUGUGUUAUGAAGAUUGUUCAUCAUGUACUGUUAAAAUCGAGAAAACUCUGCCUUGUGGACACAUUAAAAAUGAUGUUCCUUGUGGAUUAAAUUCUAAUGAGAUUAAAUGUAAUUUACCAUGCAUUCGUCCAUUAAAAUGUGGUCAUAAAUGUUUAGCUAAAUGCUAUGAACCAUGUAAACCUUGUGAAAUAAAAGUUAAAAAAGUGAUACCAGACUGUGGACACUCAAUUACAAUUAAAUGUAAAAAAAUUCCACAACGUAAGCAUUGCAAUAAUAAAUGUGAUCGAAUUUUAACUUGUGGACAUAAAUGUAAGAAUGUGUGUGCAAAAGAAUGUAUCCUUGAAGAAUGUGAUGAAAUUGUAGUCCAAAAAAUCAGUAAACUUGCAUGUGGUCAUAAUAAAGUUUUUGUCUUCUGUUGUGACAAAGAUAAAGAGUUCAGACUGGACAGCCAAUAUCUUCUUGAUAAAUGUCGUGAACCAUGUCUACAAAAACUAAAUUGUGGCGACAUUUGUUUGGGCACAUGUGGAGAUUGUAAACAAGGUCGCUUACAUGUACCAUGCAGUGAAGUUUGCAAUAAGAUAAACCCAUGUAAUCAUACAUGUAAAUUCCCCUGUAAGGAACGGUGUCCACCUUGUAAUCAAAACUGUAUUUAUUCUUGUAUCCAUUCUAAAUGUCCUCGUCGGUGUGGUGAUGAAUGUGCACCGUGCAUGGAAAAAUGUGAAUGGGAGUGUCCACAUUUGAAAUGCACUAAAAAAUGUAAUGAAAUAUGUGAUCGAAAACCCUGUUAUGAGCCUUGUACAUUAAAGUUGAAAUGUAGGCAUGAAUGUAUAGGCUUUUGUGGUGAACCAUGUCCUCCUUUAUGUCGCAUUUGUCAAGAAGAUGAAGUUACUACAAUCAUUUUUGGUAAUGAAGAUGAACCAAAUGCAAGGUUUGUUUACUUAGAAGACUGUAAACACAUCAUUGAAUCAGAUGCUUUAACUAAUUGGAUAAACCUAAAUAAAGAAGAAAUAUGUUUGAAAGAGUGUCCAUUAUGUAAGACACCAAUUUUAAAAACCCAACGUUUCAUGAACCAAAUAAAAGUUAUAGUAGAAGACAUUUCAAUAAUCAAAAAAAAAAUGUAUGGUAAACUAGAUGUUAUUAAAAAAAGCAAAAAAAAAAUUAUUGAAUCCAUAAAAAUCUUGAGUACUGAGUUUGAUUUAAAUUAUAUUGGUGAACAAUAUUAUGGAUAUUAUAAUAUCAAACGUCUAUGGGUUACAUUUUUAGCUUCAUUGAAAUUUGUUGGAAAGCAACAACACAAAUUCUAUUUACCUAUAAAAGAUUUAGAAUCAUUAAAUUUUGUCAUUGAUUUGUUUGAAACUACUUCAAAGAUCAAAAAUAGAAUUGAAAAUAUUAAUGAUGUACAAAAGAAACAAAUCAUCACUGACCAUUUUAAGUGGUUACUUGAAGUUGCUCUUACUUAUUCUAGACAAUUAUCUAACCAGCAGAAAAAUGAUAUAAAUAUGGAAGUUGCUAGAGGUGCCAGGUUAAUAAGUUUAUUCGACAUGAUGUGCACUACAAAGUUUAAGAUGGCAUAUGGCGGUGUGAUGCAAAAUUCUUAUACAACUGAAUUAAAAGACUUAGUAGGGAAUAUGGAAGCUCUGUUAAUGUCUUGUAAAAUAUACACUGUUGAUAGAGACAAAGACAUAGAAAAGUUAUCAAAGUUAAUUAAAGAAAAAUUUGAUGGUCUGGCAGUGAUCAGCAACGAUGAGAGGAAAAUGAUACACAAAGCAAUGUCCACCGAAUUCUUUGACGGCCAACGCGGUCAAGGACACUGGUUCAAGUGUCGAAAUGGACACAUUUAUGUUAUUACUGAAUGUGGAGGGCCAAUGCAACAAGCUACUUGUCCUGAAUGUAAAGUACCGAUUGGCGGACAAAACCACCUACAUGUUGCAGGCGUAACAGUAGCAUCAGAAAUGAAUGGUGCUACUCAUCUUAUGUUUCAAAAUUGAUUAUUAUCAUGUUGAAAAUUAUUCAAUCAAAAAAAUGAUUAUAACAGCUUACAUUUUACAAACUUAAAGUGUAGUAUGAUUACAUUUUAUAUAUUAUAUGAUGUUGUGUUUAAAAUAAUUAUUCUAAUUUAAUUAAGCAUUGGAAAUCUAUUAAUGUUAUGCAUAUUAACUAACUACUUCACUUUUAAAAUAUACUUAGCCAUCCAAUAAUUGUUCUUGUUUUCAAAUUAUUAUAAACAUUAAGAGAUCGCUAUGAAAAUCACCUACUAUACUGUUAUCUGGAUAGAUAUUGGACGAAUAUACACAUUACAAAGUAUGUAGGUAUGUCAGCGAUAUUGUGAUACGCAUAUCCCCCACUCUUUCCUGUGUGUUACGUUUACCUCCUCUCAUUGGUUGCAUAUAUUAAAGCAUGAAAAUCGGAUAACCUAACUCAUGAGAAACAGUGAAGAUGUACAAAUAAGAUUCAAAUACGUGUUGUUGCUGACAUACCUAUAUUUUAU